CAAGAAGUUUAUUCGAUAAGCUUGAAGAAGAUUAUGGAAUACGUGAUCCUGCUGAGAAUCUCUAUGGGGGUGUAGUAGGUGUCCCUGUUGAGAAUCUCUAUAGAGAUGUAAUAGGUGAAAUAAAAUGUUUAGAUUUGCAAUUUCGGUAUAAAGGAAAGUGGCGAAGCUUAGAUUGUACUGAAUUAAUAGACUUUCAAAUUCGUAAAAAUCCAUCAUUUGAUCUAGUGUUAGGACAAGAUUGGUUAUGGAUGCGUAAAGCAAAAAUAAGCUUUGGAUUUUCUUCUGAAACAUGUAGGCACCAUGCUAAAAUUGUAAUAGAUGGUAUGAGCAUCCCAUUAAUUGAAUACAAUAGCAGGCCCACAGGCGACUCUUUUAGUCAUAACGCCAGUCCCACUAAAAAUGACCCACCUAUGCUCAAUUUAUUAAUAGAUGAGAUCACGGAUAAAAUUGAGAAAAUUCUCUCAGAUGUCGAAGUUAAUAAAUACCGAAAGAAUAUUUCACAUGCCUCCUGUACCUUCAGUGCCCAGAAGAUUAAAUGA